AUGUUCGUGCUCAAACACGAAUACAUUAAACAGGGAGAGGUAGGGUAUGUUCCUGAGGAGGGAUAUGGCGGUGGCAACAACUCGGUCCUUGCUUUGAAGUACAUCCAGUGGCUUGAGAAGAAGAAUCCUGGUCUAAAGUUAAAGUACAAACUUCGUGGAGGUGAACACUGCAUCGAUGCGAAUGGACGUAAAUACUAUUAG